AUGGAAGUGGAAAGUGGUACCUCGGAAAGCAAAAUACUCGAUUCAACAGCACCUGAUGGUGAUAGAGAACGUGAAUCGAAACGAAAGAAAUCACUGGAGAGCACUCCAGACGGCGUCCAAGGCGCCGGGCUAGAAAUGGCCGGGGACGGGGAGGGCGCGGGCGCGGGCGCCGGUGACGAGAUAAUGCAAACCGAGAAGGUGAUCAACGCGAUUCGAUACUAUCGCAAAUACGGUCACGCGAAACUGCGACACUUUGUGACGGUAUUCAAGUGA